CAAGGUUUGAACACGAUUCCGGAAUUGAAAAAUGGGUCGGAUACGGCUGAUGUACUGGUCGAACUAUACAUUGGGAACGCAGUGAUUGGGAGAUCUACUCUUCGUUAUCUGACCUCUCGCAUUGUCAACGACGAGUUGGUCGCAUCUUCGACUCUGUCUACAUGUGCCGUACUCGUUACGGGACAUCCGGGGGGACAAUAUGCAUCCUGUUUCCGAAACCAAUGUCAUCUUUCACAUCACAGGUAUCUAUCGGCAGUCGGAGACCACGCGUUCACCUUGACCACUGGUUCCCCUCUCGAUCGAAGAUAUCCAAGUCCAAGCGAAUGGUGUUGUUGUUCACGUCUCGAUAGCUUGAACUGGAGAACCAACCAAAGGAAUGCGAACGUCCUGCCAACGGGGAGUGGACAGAACAUUGAGAAACCUG